ACAAACAAACAAAGAAGGGAAAACAAUUAUGUCUUCGUCAGAUGCUCUCACAAACUCUUUCUCUGUUUCUCACUCUGGAUGCUGUGAUGCAAUGGACCAUGCAUCCUUGGGAAAGAGAUGCUCGCAUGGCAAGGAAGGCUUUGAAAAGAGGCAGUCAAGCAUAUGGCCUACUCAUUGAACUUGCAUGCACUAGAUCAUCAGACGAGCUCUUGGGAGCUAGGAGAGCAUACCAGUCCCUCUACAGUGAAUCCAUCGAGGAAGUCGUUGCUUGUGUUGGGCUUUGUGGAGCCUAGUUUUGUUUGAUCCGA